AUGUCUUCACAACUACCGCUUCGGAGUACACGAAUACCAGCGCUGCAACGGCAAUGCCUCUUUCAACGCCACCGAAUCCUCCUCCGCUCCGCCCAACCCGCCAUAACCCAUCCAUCCUCCCGCCGUACUUUCUCCAGCACUCCCUCACGCCCGAAAAAGCGUAGCCAAUUCGGCCAGGACAAGGCGCAAACAAGAGCUGCUGCCGAGACUCAAGUUGCGCCUUCCCCGAAAGUCAACUUUGAUCGUGCGCAACGGGAUGCAGAUGCCAUGGCGGAGGAUAUUGGUAUCUUGCAGAACACAAUUGUGAGAGCAUCCUUUAAGGACGUGUGGGAAGAGACAGACCAUAUUAAAGAUGUCAUGGGAUAUUACUGGAACUUGAUCAAGCACAAGGGAAUUGCUCUUUAUUCACGAUACUAUUACCGCGCGUGCAUUCAAAAAUCCGGCUGGACAAAAUACCUACCCGUUGAUCCAUUCAACAACACACAAUACAAAGUCCUAGCGCAGAGACACUACAAGCAAAUCCAGCAAUGCUUUGCCAAAGGCAACAUAGGCCCCCUCGAGCAAAUAUGCCUACCUCCCCUCGUCAAGAAGCUCAAACAGCGUGUCGCCGCCCGCGGAGGCAAACUCAACAUGUCCUGGCACCUCCACAAAGUCAAAUCCACACGCGUAGUCUCACACCGCGCCGCACCUCUGGGCGAAGAACAACCAGACUCAGCUUACAGACAAGUCGUUGUACGAAUCGAAUCCGUUCAGUCGCUCAAACGAUCCGAUUCUUCUUCGUCUAAAUUUGCAAAGUCAUCCUCUUCGCCACGCGCUGUCACUCCUCCUCUCCCCUGGGUCCCGGAUGCCGUACGCCAACGAGCUGAAAAGGCCCGCCAACGGAUCCAGAAGCUAGAAGACGAGGGCGAGAAUGUGAACCAGGUUGUCAAGAGCGGCGACAAGUAUGCGGACAAUGGAGUGCCCAAGACAGUGGUGGAGUAUCUCGUAUUGCAGAAGAGGGUUGUCAGAGGGGUAGAGGAGGAUUGGAAGGUUUGGGGCUUUGCCAAGGAGUCGACGCCGAGUGUGGUUGCGAGCGACGAGAAGUAUUGGGCUAGGAUGUUGGAUACACAGCUUGGCCCUGCUUAA